AGCUGAGAUACAAAUCAUAUAGAAAAAUUUCAGUGAAGAGAGAAACUUGAGCCAUCGAAAACGAAUGAUGAAGGCGGUAUCGAUUGAAUCUGGAGAAGCAUCAAAGGCUAUAGGUCAUGGAGUGAACAGAGGACUCUCUGUAUUUGAUCUUGUUCUUCGUAUCGUCGCGAUUGUUGGUACCUUAGCAGGAGCUGUGGCAAUGGGAACUGCUGAACAAACUCUUCCUUUUGCCACACAACUUGUGCAAUUUUCAGCUCAAUAUGAUGAUUUUGACUCAUUUAAGUUGUUCGUGAUUGUGAAUGCAAUAGUAUGUGCAUAUCUUGCUCUUUCUCUACCAUUUUCCAUCUUUCAUAUUAUGAGGAGCAGAGCAGGAAAAAGUCGGAUCUUGCUCAUCUUCCUUGACGCGAUAAUGCUGGUUCUUCUCACAUCUGGAGCAUCUGCAGCAGCUGCCAUUGUGUAUUUAGCACAUACUGGGAACACUUCUGCAAACUGGUUUUCAGUUUGUCAACAGUAUACCGAUUUCUGCCAACGAUCUGCUGGCUCUCUCAUCGGCUCAUUUGGCGCGAUGGUGUGUCUUGUUCUCCUAAUCAUUUUCUCAGCUGUCGCGAUAUCUAGGCGAUAAAUCAAUGCAGUUUAUACAUUGGCUUGUUAGCCUUUUAUAUAUAGUUUGUGUAUCUGUUGUGUUUGAUAAUUGACUGAUGCUGUUUAUACAUUGGCUUGCUAGCCUUUUAUAUAUAGUUUGUGUAUCUGUUGUGUUUGAUAUUUGACUAAAGUUUCAUGCUUUGGAUUUUGUAUGCAAUUCACUGCCAGACAGUGCCUUUUACUUAUAUCAAUAUAUAUUGUGUCUGUUAGUUUU